AGGCUGCCAUGUAAGCAUAGUACACUCAUUGUUACUAUGGAAACGGGUAAACUGCGCACAGGGAAUUGGGCAGAAAAGGAGAAGAAGAGUUGGGUGUACGGACAUAAAGGCCAUUAGGAGAAUGCUAGAGAGAGAACGCGUGGUUAGGAUUGAUUUCCUUAUGUCGGCAGAGCAGAACUGAUGUACAACACCUGUACCCAGCCGUUACUCUAGAGAUGCCAGUUGCACCGAGGUCUUCUGCAAAGAUGCAGACCAAGCUGAGCGCGUGGACUCCUCUGAACCACCCAGAGUCCAACAGCAAGGUGUUUGAAGAGAGGCGGAACCUUCUGGCAAAGUGGUUCGCCAGGUGGUCCGACAGCCAGAGGAAGGCCCUGCUGCAGGACUUGGUUCUGAGCUGUUCUGUGGACCAGCUGCUGUUCCUGAAGCUCAGCGUGGGCCGCCGGCUCCCCCUGCAGGCCGCGGACUUCACCCGCCUGCUGCCCAGAGCCCUCUGCCUCUACCUGUUCUCCUUCCUGGACCCACGCAGCCUCUGUCGAUGUGCCCAGGUGAGCUGGAUCUGGAGGAGCAUAGUGGAACUGGACCAGCUGUGGAUGCCAAAGUGCGUGAGGCUCGGCUGGUGCAUCAACUUCUCCCCGACCCCGCUGGAGCAGGCCGUCUGGAAGAGACUCUACGUCCACACGGUGCAGGAGCUGCGAGUCACCGCGCUGCAGGUCAGCUCAUCCCAGCAGCAGUCUGAGGUUCCGCACAUAUCAGCCAUCAGCAGCAGACAUGGAGCUCUGUCCGAACUGGCCGUAGUCAGCGACGAGCACGCCACCACCCCCACCAAUACCCAGACACGUGGAGGCACCUCCAGGACGGGGUUCAGAAAGGAGAAGCAGACGACUACACCGCCACCAUGGAAAGAUUCCGACAGACGUCCUACAGACACACUACGCUUCAACUACCUGGACAACCUGGAGCCCAGUGAAGCAGCAGGCUCCACCGGCCGCCGCGGCAACACGUCCCAGCCAGACGACAGGAGCCAGAAAACGGUGUCUGCGGCACAAUAUAAAAUACGCAAGGCCAAAUCGCUGAUGUUCCUCAGCUCCAACUGCAGACCCCAGCAUCCUCCUCCUCCUCCUCCUCCUCCUCCUCAUGAGACCCAAUCUCGACCUUCUUGGGCUGCUCGCAGUCCCGAGCCCCCCGUCACCAAGGAGACCACCAAGAGCAUGCUGCGCCUGGCCCAGUGGAAUGCUGGGAUCCGUCCGGGCCCGGUGAGGCCGGCGGUGCCCCGGCUGAGCGUGGAGGCGCUCCGGGCGGCCCAACGAACACACCGAAGCGCUCCCAGUACACAGCUGUUCCAGGCUCAGCCCUGGACUGUUCCUGCUUCACACACACACAAGACAUGAAGUGACUCAUCGCCAUCGUCGGGCAGACGGCAAAACUACAGCAAGAUUUUUUUUUUUUUGUGACCACCUUUUUUAUUUCUUCCAAAUACAUUGUCGGCUUA